AUGCAGACUUCCCGGCUUCUCUCACGAGCUUGCGGCAAGAGCUUCGACCUGAAGACCAUCAUGCGGAACAAUGUUCGCCAAUUCGCUUCCGGAGACAUUUUCCCUCGGUCUGCGCGAUACGUGAAAACCAAGCCAACCGAGCCAGCCAACAACUUGACUCCGAAAGGUCUUAUCGCCGCUCCUCAGCUGAAUACAUAUCAAACGCAUCUACGCCAGAUUCAUACGGACUUCCACGCGGCACCGCCGGCACUCGUCCGAAGCUUCUUCAUUUACCUGCAGCCGCAUCUCACCUUCGAGCGCGCUCGAAAGACCCAAGAAGCUACCGAUACACUCAUCCGCAAAUUGUACAGCAAUACCAAGGAGCCAUUCUUUGAUCGCCCUGCAGUGAUUUCUGAAAGCCCGCACACUAUUGUCGGCCAACAUGCAAUACAUUUCAGCAUGGAACUUCCCGCUGAAGCCUACGUAGUUUUCAACGUGCUCGACAUAUUGAACGCCUUCAAGAACGCCUCCAUCGCAAUUCAUUACUACAAUGCGCCCCAAUUCCAUCGACUUAGGCUUCAUCUGGAGUCAGGAGAGCACGACGUCGAAGGACUCUGCAAAUCCACUGUGCUGCCACCAUCGGACAAGCGCAGGUUCAUUAUGCAGCUGCAACGUGGAAUAUGGGAAGAGGACCUUGAAGCAUCUGGGAAGUUGCUACAAGCUAUGAACGUGGAGGUCGAAACUGAGCUGAUCCCCACUGGCAUCAUGACGGGGAACGUCAAAGGUCCAGUCGCUGUAUUGACUUUGCCUUCGGACCGCCUGGAUGCUAUUGUUGCCCUGAAAGAGCGACCGGAAUUCACGGCUUGUGAAGAUGCUGACGUUAUAACUUUGGCCAAGUUCUUGGACAACCCAAUGUGGCACGCGCACACCAUGUGGAUGGAGUUUUUCGGCAAGGAUGAGUAG